ACCCGUGCGGGGGGUGGGGGGACCUGGCUCUGGGCUGGGGCUUCUGGGAGAACAGCUUGGACUUCCUGGGCCGGGCUCCUGGGCAGCCACGGGCGGUGGACUCCGACCCAGCACGUGGCCACCCCGCCCUUGGUCUCCCUCACUCCUGUCCCCGUCACUGCCUCCACCAUGCUGCCUCCCAGGACUGCACUGUUCUUGACUCUCGUUUUGGCUCCCGGCUUCCUGGGCCUGAGGGUGCGGCGACCCGCCCAGCAGCCCCCGUCCCCCAUCAGCGCCAUCCAGCCCAAGGCUGACUUCGACGCUCAGCAGUUUGCAGGGACUUGGUUCCUGGCCGCCGUGGCCUCCUCGUGUCGCUUCCUGCAGGAGCAGGGCCACCGGGCUGAGGCCACCACACUGCGCGUGGAGCCCCAGGGCACCUCCAUGGCUGUCAGCACCUUCCGAAAGCUGGACGGCAUCUGCUGGCAGGUGAAGCAGCUCUACAGAAGCGCCGGGGUCCCAGGCCGCUUCCUGCUCCAAGCUCGCGGCGCCAGGGGGCAGGCGCAGGUGGCCGUGGGGGAGACGGACUACAGCAGCUUUGCCAUCCUGUACCUGGAGCGCACACGGCGGCUGUCGGUGAAGCUGUACGUGCGCUCGCUCCCCGUGGACGACUCGGCGGUGGACAGGUUCGAGCAGCGGGUCCAGCAGGCCAACCUGACUGAGGACCACAUCCUGUAUUUCCCCAAAUACGGUUUCUGUGAGGCCGCAGACCAGUUCCACAUCCUGGACGAGGUCGGCAGGCGACGCCAGCAGUAGCCGGUCAGUGACACGGAGUGAAGAUCCCCCAUGGAGGCCUGUCCCCCACCCAUCCCCUCACGCUGCCCCUCACCCCCAGGUCCCUGGGGCGCUGCCCCCAUUAAAUGCCAUCUUCCUUG